AGUCUGAUGGUUACACUUGCUGCUGAAUGUAAUUGUUAAAAGAGAAUAGGAAGAGACAGGCGGUUGCUAUAGACAGUUAAUGUGCAACAUCAUCAGUGUGCUAAUUUAUUUUUUUAAUAUAUUUUGAGUUUGUAAAAGUUAUUUAAUUGUUUAAAAAUUUGUGUGUUUUGGAAAACCGGAAAGUGUUAUUAACUAUUCUAAGAAAUUGUAAAGAGCAUAUAAAGCUAAACCGAAGUGAAAGAAAGUAGUCAUCAUAUAUUACGUUUUGUACACGCAUUCGUAGGCCAUUACGGUUUUGUAAUAAAUAUAAAUUUUGUAACCUUUUAUUUCUGUGAACUGAAUAAUUUAUUCUUAAUAACUUGGAGAAAAAUUCAAUACAAUAUUCACACGUAAAAUUAAAAUAAAUUCAUUUGUUUUGUUUUUUUUAUAAAUUAAAUUAAAAAGUAUAAACGUAAAGUGUUGCAGCAGUAUUUGUGAGCAAUAUGACUCAAGUAUUGCCCAUUCGCUUUCAGGAGCACCUACAGCUCACAAAUGUUGGUAUCAAUCAAAACUCAAUUUCCUUCAGUACUCUCACCAUGGAGUCUGAUAAGUUUAUUUGUGUGCGCGAAAAGGUUAACGAUACAGCGCAAGUUGUUAUCAUUGAUAUGAAUGAUUCAAGUAAUCCAACGAGACGUCCGAUAUCAGCAGAUUCAGCAAUUAUGAAUCCAGCAAGCAAAGUUAUUGCACUUAAAGGUUCGUUAUAUAUGUUAUUUAUAUAUACAUACAUACUUAUUUAUAAAUAUAUCUUUAUAUACAUUUUAGCGGCAAAGACUUUGCAAAUUUUCAAUAUUGAAAUGAAAUCAAAAAUGAAAGCCCACAUUAUGACAGAAGAUGUCGUAUUCUGGAAGUGGAUAUCUAUUAAUACCUUAUCAUUGGUCACUGAAACAUCAGUGUAUCAUUGGUCAAUGGAAGGCGAUUCAACACCACAAAAGAUGUUCGAUAGGCAUUCCUCCCUCAAUGGCUGCCAAAUCAUUAACUAUCGUUGCAAUCCAAAUCAGCAAUGGUUAUUGCUUGUGGGUAUAACAGCAUUGCAAAGUCGUGUAGCAGGUGCUAUGCAACUGUACUCAGUCGAACGUAAAGUAUCUCAAGCUAUUGAAGGUCAUGCUGCAUCUUUCGCUAUGUUUAAAAUGGAAGGAAAUAAGGAACUUUCAACACUAUUUUGCUUUGCUGUACGUUCGGCAAAUGGUGGAAAAUUGCACAUUAUUGAAGUUGGUGCUACUCCUGCCGGAAAUCAACCAUUUCCCAAAAAGUCCGUAGAUGUGUUUUUCCCACCAGAAGCACAGAGCGAUUUUCCUGUUGCGAUGCAAGUUUCUUCAAAAUACGAUGUCAUCUAUUUGAUAACCAAAUAUGGAUAUAUUCAUUUGUAUGACUUAGAAACGGCAACAUGCAUCUACAUGAAUCGUAUAUCAGCUGAUACGAUUUUUGUAACAGCUCCGCAUGAUGUCAGCGGCGGCAUUAUUGGCGUAAACCGCAAAGGCCAAGUGCUUUCUGUAACCGUUGAGGAGGAACAAAUAAUUCCAUAUAUUAAUACAACUUUACAAAAUCCUGAUUUAGCACUUCGUAUGGCUGUACGAAAUAAUUUGUCUGGUGCAGAAGAGCUUUUUGUGCGUAAGUUUAACAAACUUUUUACUGCAGGACAAUAUAGUGAAGCAGCUAAAGUAGCAGCACUCGCACCAAAAGGAAUACUGCGUACACCACAAACUAUUCAACGAUUCCAACAAGUACAGGCUCCACCUGGAUCUACUACGCCACCAUUACUGCAAUAUUUUGGUAUAUUGUUGGAUCAGGGAAAAUUGAAUAAAUAUGAAUCACUAGAAUUGUGUCGACCUGUACUAGUGCAAGGAAAAAAACAGCUUUGUGAAAAGUGGUUAAAAGAAGAAAAACUCGAAUGUAGUGAAGAACUUGGUGAUUUGGUUAAAUCAUCUGAUUUGACAUUGGCUUUAUCUAUUUAUUUAAGAGCAAAUGUACCAAAUAAGGUUAUCCAAUGUUUUGCUGAAACUGGUCAAUUUCAGAAAAUUGUACUCUAUGCUAAAAAAGUAAAUUAUACACCAGAUUAUAUAUUUUUAUUACGAUCAGUUAUGCGCUCCAAUCCAGAACAAGGCGCUGGUUUCGCUACUAUGCUAGUUGCAGAAGAGGAGCCUUUGGCUGAUAUAAACCAAAUAGUGGAUAUAUUUAUGGAACAUUCGAUGGUGCAACAAUGUACCGCAUUUUUAUUAGAUGCACUUAAACUUAAUCGACCAAAUGAAGGUGCUCUACAGACUCGUCUCUUAGAAAUGAAUCUUAUUUCAGCUCCACAAGUGGCUGAUGCAAUAUUAGGAAACGCUAUGUUCACCCAUUAUGACCGCGCCCAUAUUGCACAAUUAUGCGAAAAAGCUGGGUUAUUGCAACGUGCGUUGGAACACUACACUGAUUUGUAUGAUAUUAAACGUGCUGUGGUUCAUACACAUCUUUUAAAUGCAGAAUGGUUGGUUGGAUUUUUUGGUACACUCUCCGUCGAGGAUUCUCUUGAAUGUCUUAAAGCUAUGCUAACAGCAAAUAUACGUCAAAAUUUACAAAUCUGUGUGCAAAUUGCUACUAAAUAUCAUGAACAAUUAACAACUAAAGCCUUGAUUGAUCUCUUCGAAAGCUUUAAAUCAUAUGAAGGAUUAUUUUAUUUCCUUGGUUCAAUCGUUAAUUUCUCUCAGGAUCCUGAAGUGCACUUCAAGUACAUUCAAGCUGCUUGCAAAACCAACCAAAUCAAAGAAGUUGAACGUAUUUGUAGGGAAUCCAACUGCUAUAAUGCAGAUCGUGUGAAAAAUUUCUUAAAGGAAGCAAAACUAACCGAUCAAUUACCUUUAAUUAUUGUGUGCGAUCGUUUUGAUUUUGUACAUGAUCUUGUUUUAUAUCUGUAUCGAAACAAUUUGCAAAAAUACAUAGAAAUCUAUGUUCAGAAAGUCAACCCUUCACGUCUGCCAGUUGUUGUUGGUGGCUUGCUUGAUGUCGACUGCUCUGAAGAUAUCAUUAAAAAUCUAAUUCUUGUGGUCAAAGGUCAAUUUUCAACAGAUGAAUUGGUCGAAGAAGUCGAAAAACGUAACCGUCUAAAAUUGUUACUUCCUUGGCUAGAAUCACGAGUUCACGAAGGUUGUGUCGAACCUGCCACACAUAAUGCUUUGGCUAAAAUUUACAUUGACUCUAACAAUAACCCAGAAAGAUUUCUUAAAGAAAAUCAAUACUAUGAUAGUCGUGUUGUUGGCCGUUAUUGUGAAAAACGUGACCCACAUUUAGCUUGCGUUGCCUAUGAACGUGGCCAAUGUGAUCGAGAAUUGAUAUCGGUUUGCAAUGAGAAUUCCUUAUUCAAGAGCGAAGCACGGUACCUAGUACGCAGGCGCGAUCAUGAAUUAUGGGCAGAAGUUUUAGCAGAAUCAAAUCCAUACAAACGUCAAUUAAUUGACCAAGUCGUACAAACUGCCCUCUCGGAAACACAAGAUCCCGAUGAUAUUUCAGUUACUGUAAAAGCGUUUAUGACUGCAGAUUUACCAAAUGAGUUAAUUGAAUUGCUCGAAAAAAUUAUAUUGGAUUCUUCAGUUUUCUCAGAUCAUCGCAACUUACAAAACUUAUUAAUCUUGACAGCAAUAAAGGCAGAUCGUACCCGUGUUAUGGACUACAUUAAUCGUUUAGACAAUUAUGAUGCCCCAGAUAUAGCUAAUAUUGCUAUUUCUAAUCAAUUGUAUGAGGAAGCUUUCGCUAUUUUCAAGAAAUUCGAUGUAAACACAUCUGCAAUUCAAGUUCUUAUAGAACAAGUUAAUAACUUGGAAAGAGCUUACGAAUUCGCUGAACGUUGUAACGAGCCUGCUGUAUGGUCACAAUUAGCCAAGGCUCAAUUGCAGCAAGGACUAGUUAAGGAAGCUAUUGAUUCUUAUAUUAAAGCAGAUGAUCCAAGCGCAUAUAAGGAUGUAGUUGAUGUAGCAUCGAAAGCUGAUUCUUGGGAUGAUUUAGUAAGGUAUUUGCAAAUGGCAAGGAAGAAGGCACGUGAGUCCUACAUUGAGAGUGAAUUAAUAUACGCAUAUGCACGUACCGGUCGAUUAGCUGAUUUAGAAGAAUUCAUAUCUGGACCAAAUCAUGCAGAUAUACAAAAAAUUGGUGACCGUUGCUUUAGUGACGGCAUGUAUGAUGCUGCAAAAUUGCUUUAUAAUAAUGUCAGUAAUUUUGCACGUCUUGCUAUCACAUUAGUUUAUCUGAAAGAAUUCCAAGGCGCUGUUGAUUCUGCACGUAAGGCCAACUCUACGCGCACAUGGAAGGAAGUUUGUUUUGCUUGCGUAGAUGCAGAAGAGUUUCGUUUGGCUCAAAUGUGUGGAUUACAUAUUGUUGUACAUGCCGAUGAAUUGGAAGAUCUAAUUAACUAUUAUCAAGAUCGCGGUUAUUUCGACGAAUUAAUAGCACUGCUAGAAUCUGCAUUAGGACUUGAGCGAGCGCAUAUGGGUAUGUUUACCGAACUUGCUAUUCUGUAUUCGAAAUUCAAACCUUCAAAAAUGCGAGAGCACUUGGAACUAUUUUGGUCACGUGUUAAUAUACCAAAGGUUUUACGUGCAGCAGAAUCAGCACAUUUAUGGUCAGAACUUGUUUUCUUAUAUGAUAAAUAUGAAGAAUACGAUAAUGCCGUCUUGGCAAUGAUGGCACAUCCAACGGAAGCAUGGCGCGAAGGUCACUUUAAGGAUAUAAUAACAAAGGUUGCCAACAUUGAGUUGUACUAUAAGGCUAUACAAUUUUAUUUAGAUUACAAACCAUUGUUAUUAAAUGAUAUGCUGUUAGUGUUAGCACCACGAAUGGACCACACACGUACCGUGAGUUUCUUCUCAAAAACAGGGCACUUACAGUUGGUGAAACCAUACUUAAGAUCAGUGCAAUCGCUUAAUAAUAAAGCAAUUAAUGAGGCACUUAAUGGUUUGCUUAUCGAAGAAGAGGAUUAUCAAGGCCUACGUAAUUCAAUUGAUGGAUUUGAUAAUUUCGAUACUAUUGCAUUAGCACAAAAACUGGAAAAACACGAAUUAACCGAAUUCAGACGUAUUGCUGCCUAUUUAUACAAAGGCAACAAUCGCUGGAAGCAAAGUGUUGAAUUAUGUAAAAAAGAUAAAUUAUAUAAAGAUGCAAUGGAAUAUGCCGCUGAGUCUGGUAAACAAGAAAUUGCUGAAGAACUUCUAAGUUGGUUCCUUGAGCGAAACGCUCGUGACUGUUUUGCAGCAUGUUUAUUCCAAUGUUAUGAUUUGCUGCGACCUGACGUUAUUCUGGAAUUGGCUUGGAAGCAUAAAAUUAUGGAUUUUGCUAUGCCAUAUCUCAUACAAGUAAUACGCGAAUAUACAACAAAAGUAGAUAAACUCGAACAAAACGAAGCACAGCGAGAAAAAGAAGACGACACUGUGGAACACAAAAAUAUAAUUACCAUGGAACCACAGCUGAUGAUUACAGCCGGACCUGCUAUGGGCAUUCCAGCUCAAUACGCCCAAAAUUAUGCACCUGGUUAUGCACCUAACAUGCCAUAUCCAGGAUACGGAAUUUAUAAAUAAUUUAGAGGAGCUAAAUGAAUUAAAUGAUUUCACAUAAAAGUGCUCACUAAUCUAAAUGCGUUUAUAUCCGACGUUUUUUUUUCUUUCGCGACGCUCAUUGUCGUAGUAGUUUAUACAAAUAUAAACCGAAUUAAUUGGUAAACAAUUUUUAACUAGCAACAAAUGAACAGAUUUUCAUUGUUAAGGAGCCAAUUUUUAAUAAUAUUAUAUA